AUGGCCGGUGGUGGCUUCGUAGCAGCCGACGGCAGUGCGCACGACUACGGCGGCGGCGUGACAUUCCCCGUCGUGGUGACCUCCCUCAUGGCCGCUUCCUGCGGCCUCAUCUACGGCUACGACACUGGCGUCACAGGUGGCGUGACGCAAAUGGAUUCGUUCCUGAGCAAGUUCUUCCCGGAGGUGCAGAGCGGGAGGAAGAGCGCGAGGAGCGACCCGUACUGCAAGUACGACAACCAGUGGCUCACCGCGUUCUCGUCGUCGCUGUUCAUCGCCGCCGCGCUGUCGUCUUUGGUGGCCAGCCGGGUUACGAGGAAGAUUGGCCGCCAGGCCAUCAUGCUGGUGGGCGGCGCCAUGUUCCUUGCCGGCUCCAUCAUCAACGCCGCCGCCGUGAACAUCGCCAUGCUCAUCGUUGGCCGGAUGCUACUGGGAUUUGGUCUUGGGUUCACAUUACAGGCAGCUCCGGUGUACCUGUCGGAGACAGCGCCGGCGAGGUGGCGCGGCGCAUUCACCUCGGCGUACAAUACGUUCGUCGUGAUCGGUAUACUGUCGGCGACCAUCACCAACUACAUCACGAACCGCAUCCCAGGCUGGGGAUGGCGCGUCUCCCUAGGCCUGGCGGCCGUGCCGGGCGUCAUCAUCGUCCUGGGAGCCUUCUUCAUCCCGGACACUCCCAGCAGCCUCGUGCUGCGAGGCCACCCCGACAAGGCUCGCGCGGCGCUGCAGCGUAUCCGCGGGCGUCAUGCCAGCGUCGACGCGGAGUUCAAGGACAUCGUCCGCGCCGUCGACGAGGCGCGCCAGAACGACGUCGGCGCGUACCGGAGGCUGUUCAGCAAGGAGUAUCGGCACUAUCUGGUGGUUGGGCUGGCCAUACCCGUCUUCUACCAGUUCACCGGCAUGAUCGUCAUCUCCGUCUUCUCGCCGGUGCUGUUCCGCACGGUGGGGUUCACCAGCCAGAAGGCCAUACUUGGUUCCGUGAUCAACAGCAUCACCAACUUGGUCGCGACGGUUCUGUCCACCUUCAUCAUGGACCGCACCGGCCGCAGGUUCUUGUUUAUCGUCGGCGGCAUUGGCAUGAUGCUGUGCGAGGUGGCCAUUUCGUGGGUCAUGGCGGGCCAUCUCGGGAAGCACCAAGGGGUGACCAUGCCGCGGAGCUACGCUACCGGCGUGCUUGUCCUGAUCUGCAUGUGCACCUUCAGCUUCGGCCUGUCCUGGGCACCGCUCCGGUGGGUGGUGCCGAGCGAGAUAUACCCUGUGGAGAUCAGGUCGGCCGGGCAAGCCAUGAGCAUCUCCGUGGCCCUUUGUCUCGCCUUCGCGGAGCUGCAGGUGUUCAUCGCGCUGCUCUGUGCCAUGAAGUACGGCGUCUUCUUGUUCUACGCUGCUUGGCUUCUCAUAAUGACCAUUUUCAUGGCGGCGUUCCUGCCGGAGACGAAGGGCGUACCACUAGAAGCCAUGCAGUCGAUAUGGACAAGACAUUGGUACUGGAAGAGGUUCGUCGGGGAUGCCAAGCACGGAAGCCAAAACAACAAUGUGAACAGCAAUUAA